AUGGCCUGUAUGAAAUCACCAAAUCUCCGUGAAAUCGAAGGUAUGAUAAGUAUCGAUCUAGUGGAAGCUGCCCUCGCUCACCGACAGUUCUUGGGGCUUGUUGAUGAGAACCCAUGUCUUUACAUCGGUCCACAUGUUGAAAAUGCUGUCAGGAGGUACGCGUCUGUGUUUCAAAUCGAAUCUAUAUUGAGAACACGAAUUAACACGUAUGAGUGACAAAAGACAUCUUGUUCAAAAACCCAAGCAUGACUGUUAUUCCUAUAGCGCGCCGUUUCUGAUCGGCCAAUCCCUUGACUAGAUCACCAUAACCAGCUGGCGUUGACCAUAAGCAAAUUUGAAAAUGCCAGCAAUACCGUAAAAUUCCGAUUAUAAGCCCUUGGCUUAUACAACUUCGUAAGGGGUUUUGGGUGGGCUUUAUAAACGGGCCGGCUUAUAUCCGGGAAGGCUUAUGAGCGGAAUAAAAAAAACGUCUCGAAAUGAGCAACAGCAGUGUUGAUGAAAAUACGUAUUUUUAAUUAAACUUUCAAGCUUCAUUAUAAAUCGAAGGCAUUUCAAUUUCAGGAGCAAAAUCAAAAGUUAACAACGUGAACGUAGCCGGAACGCGACAAACCGGAAGCUCAGAUUUCAUCUUCGCUGUUAUUGUCAGAAAUGUUAACAAUACAGUAUUUGAGUUAUUGUUCCGCAAUCUUUCCUAAUUUUGUGUUUGAAGUAGUACAGGGUUCUGCGAGAGUACUUAAUAUUAAGAAAACAAGGAAAACUAGAGGGGGGCUGAUAUCCGGAGGGGACUUGUAACCGGAUGAAUUUUUUCGUUUCCAAGUAGACGGGCCUAUAACCAGGGGGGGCUUAUAAGGGGAAAUAUAUCUUAAAAAUCCUCUAAAAGACUCCUCAUCUUGUUCGGCCCACGAGUUAACCUCAUUUUCUCGUAUGUCUGAUCUUUAGGUAUGAACUGUUCUGGCUUCCUUUGCUAGCUCAGCACCCCUCUGUGGACCUAGCAGCGCCUCUAGACAUUGCUUGGGUAUGGCAUGUACACAUGCUUUCACCUCUCAGUUACGAAAGGGACUGCAAUGAAGUAGUCUCUGUUUUAGUCGACCACAGAAUUCUUGUACGAAAAGCUCGAGAAAAGGGGCUAAAAAAAGCCAGAGCAUUAUGGAAACAAAAGUACCCCAAAGAACCAUUUGAAGUAGAUUUGAAUGCCCCUGUCACAUGUGUGCAGGAUUUCGAGUCAAGAAUUCAAUAUGACAUCAAGAGCGCUUGCCAAAGACAAAGAGUGUUUUAUUAUCAAGUUUCCCUGCCACAUUACGCGGAUAAGACGUUCUUGCGUGAAGCAGUUAAGAGGUAUAAGCACCAUCUGCUCUUCAAGCAAAAGAAUCAAGAUGCUUUUCUUGUACCAUGCUAUGACUUUGACCUUAUCUGGCAUGCCCAUCAAGUGAAUCCGCUGCUCUACAGACAUGACACCUUCAAACUGCUUGGGAGGGUCUUGAACCACGACGACUCAGUAAAUGACCGUCAACCAGGGUCGAAGCUUUUUUCAUCAGAGCUCUCUACGCGAGAUACUUGGAAAGCUGCUGGUAUAUCUUUCGAGGUAAAUGGCGCCAUGUUUCGUGGAGAGCCACCCAUUGGGAAUGUUAUAAAUCCAGACCUUUCUGAGUACUCCUCAAUGGUGUCACUUCUUUACACUGUGGAAUUGCUUCGUGUUGAAGUUGAAGGCCUUCCAAACUCUAAAUCAUACACAGUCGAAAUCGAGGUCAUCAACGGUAAACGAGUCAUUAAGAAGAAAGUAAAAGGACCCAUUGCUAGAAUUCAUGGUUCCAAAGCGGUUGCUAAGUUCACUUUUAGCACAAAGGAAAGCAAAGAACUCAAGGUAAGAUUUUGUCAGAGAGGGCAUGAUGCCGUAGUGGAUUUAUUCAGAAUUUGGCGCCUAGUUUAAGAAAGGGUACAAGCGAAAGUUUAAUUUUGAAAAAUCGCUUCUAAUGAAAGGAAUAUAAGUUUUCGUAAACCAGUUUUCAACGUCGUAUGACAUCGCUCAUAGAAAACUUUCCACGGUUGAAAGAAUGGGCACUCAGACUGGAACGAAGUUCUUAGGUUAUGUCUAAAGAAUCUAUACCCCUGGGUAAUGACAAUAAGGAUGAUGAUUAUUGUUUCUUUCUUAAUACAUAAAAGCAAUGUUGUGUUUAGCCUGGGACCAGGCUCCACAUUGGGGGAAAAAAGAACUGAAAAAAUCGGCGAGCAAAAAUAUUUUUCCUAUAUUUUUGUUUUUUGUCUUUUGCCCUCACUGCUGAGCCUGGUCCGGCUAUGUCAUGUUUUAAAUGUUACAUUGAGUAUCAUUGCCAACCCUUUUAAUCCCUUUUGAAAAUAGGUGCUGAUUUACCGAAAACUGCCUUGCUCCUCACCUUACCACGCCAGCGCUAGGUACUCCCAGUUUCUGGAGUACCUUGAUCGCGUUCCUUUAAGGCUUCAAUCAGUCACCCACGAGUUGCAGAUGCCUGAUCAUAAUCAGUACGUUCGAGUUACCACCGUAGCUCAUCCACCCAAACAGGAUGGUUACUCCUUCAAAGUGAGACCACAAAAGCUAUUCAGCAAUGUGGAAAAUCCCGCUCAAAUUUUAAGGUCCCCGACGUUAAUUCUUUCACCAGUCUCCUUAGUUCAAUCAGCGACGGCACCAUGCGAAAUGUCAGUCCAUUUGUUGUUCGAUUCCCGCGGACGACCAGCGUUUGGAUGUCGAGUAAUACACUCCGCAGUACUGCAGCUCUCGUGUGUUCAGGUUAUCAACAAAGCCCAAAGAGUUGUUGGUGUGGCGUAUCUAAUCCGGGAAAACGUUCUUCCCAAGCGUGGUCAGGUCAGAAAGCCAGACAAAUGCUGCACUUUGGACGUGCAGGAAGGAGAAAGAGCUAUGCUUAUAAGAGGAAGCAAGGACUGGGGUAUUUGCAUCGGCAAAUGGCAGGGUGUUGUCAAAGGCGUUCCUGGUGUACCUGGUGUCAGUGGAACUAAAGGAACACCAGGUACUUGCGAAACACCAGCUAUCAAGGGAAUACCAGGUAUAAGGGGAAAGCCAGGAACAAGAGGCCAGCCCGGAAGUCUGUCGGUCAAGUUCUUCUCCCUGACUGAAAAGCAGGAGUGGAAACGAGUUGAGAAAUGCGGAAACCAGUUUUCCAUAUAUCUUCUGGGAAAGAGGAAGAAGAUUAAUGUUGACCUAAAAACUGGUGUAAUUUCAUUUCCAGCAGAGGUGCAAGAUGUUCCCGAGGCGAUUGCACUUGGGUUUUCAAUUGCCAUUCUUCACCUUCUCUGCCAACCUUAUUACUCGCCAGAAGGGAACAAUGGCUGCUAUACUGCACCUUCAGUCGGUGAAAAUGCCCAGAUCGAGAAACCACGCAGAAUACACAACGAAGACCUGUUGCUUGUAGUGGCUGCUGGUUAUCAUGCCAACUAUGUACCAACAAACUCGUUCAUCAAGUUCACAGUUGGAGGUGGCGCUUGUGGUGGUGGUGGUGGUGGUGGUUGUGGUGGCUGUGGUGGCUGUGGCGGCUGUGGCGGCUGUGGUGGAUGCGGUGGGUGCAGUGGAUGUGGUGGAUGUGGAGGUUGUGGCGGAUGUGGUGAUUGAUCUAGGACGAAAUUCAAAGUUUCUCCGAUCAUGUAUAAGAUUAGCAGGGACACAAAAGCUACUCUGGAAUCAGGCCUUGAAGUUUGGGGUAUCGCCUAGGAAAGCCUGUCGAAUUCGGAAGUUUGAAAGGUCUGAAAUAAGGUAGCAGGUUUAACUGAAAGCCAGGACCAUGAAGCGUUUAAUAAAUCCUCAAAGUACUUCCUCCAGCUUGAAUACAGUCAGACUCUCUUAGGCGAUCGGUUUGAGUAUUAUUCGACAAAAGUAGUAAUGAUUCAGAGUUGGUUGCUCGAAGAGGUAUCAAGUCAGUCCCCUUUGUUUCUGUGGUAGCUGUAGCGGCUGUUGUGGCUGUGGUGGCUGUGGUGGUUGUGAUGGCUUUGUGGCUUUGGUGGCUGUGGUGGCUGUGGAGGUUGUGGUGGAUGUGGAGGCUGUUGUGGUUGUGGUGGAUGCGGAGAUUGUGGUGGUUGUGGUGGUUGUGGAGGCUGUGGUGGUUGUGGUGGUUGUGGUGGUUGUGGUGGUUGUGGUGGUUGUGGUGGUUGUGGUGGUUGUGGUGGUUGUGGUGGUUGUGGUGGUUGUGGUGGUUGUGGUGGUUGUGGUUGUUGUGGUGGUUGUGGAGGCUGCGGUGGAUGGAUGUCGUGGAUGAUCUCAUAA